UUCAGCAAAGCACAGGAACUUUUGGUUUUCCCAUUCACAAAGAUCACACAGCGGAAAGCACGCAGAGGAAGACGGAGUGUGAAUAAUGCCUGAAGCACAGUUUCACACACUGGGGGGAAAGAAGCUGGACGACAUCUUCUCACACACUUGGAAGAGGAACUAACCUGCCGAGCAAAAACACCAAGAGUUAGUCCGAAUAUUCUGCUGUCCAGCACGUUUCAUGGAUCUGAGAGCUUUGUGGCACGCAGUAGUGUUCCAGCUACUAUUACUCUAACUAGAAUCGCGGAGGUGGAAAGAUGCAGGAGGGCCAUGUGUAUGACUAUCCAGAUGCCCAUCCAGUAGGAGAGAAGAGGACAUGUCCUCAGAGAGGCUCCUUGAAGAGCAUCAGUGUGCUGGACCGCCUGCUGCUCACAUACCCCGUAUGGCUGCAGUUGUCCAUCAACUCAGCCACAGCACUUCACAUCCUACAGCGUGAACCCCCAGGGACUUUCCUGGUGCGAAAGUCCAAUACAUCCCAGAAGAAAAUGCUGUGUCUCAGGCUAACAGAUGACAGUGUGCCAUCUUUUGUCAAACAGUUUGUCAUCCGAGAGAAGGACUCAACCUUCUCUUUGGAGAGCUCAGCCAUCAGCUUCCCAGAUCUUUGUAGACUCAUUGCCUUCUACUGUGUCAGCCGGGAUGUUCUUCCCUUCACUCUCGAAUUGCCAGAGGCCAUAGCCAGGGCUUCAUCCCACAAACAGUUGGAAUCUAUCUCUCAUAUGGGUGUGGAGUUCUGGAGUUCCCAGUUAAACUUCCGUGGGCCUCGGAAUGGUCCUCCACCAGUACAUGAUGCACCUGUACUCUCAAAUCCUAAAUCACAACACUCUACCACAUCUUCUAGCACCAGUGAAACAUUGUUCCAGGAGUUCUGCCCAAUUCACACCAGAAGUCCUUCUGAACUUGAUUUGGGAGCAGGGCAGGGAGCAUUAUGCUUCAUAAACCCACUAUUCCUACAAGAGCAUCCCAAUCGUGGUGCCAUGCACAAGCGCCAUCACUUUAAACACAGUAUAAAGGUUCGCGUCUCCACCGAAAACUCCAGUUUACUCUCACCCCCCAUCACCCCACCACCACCUCCACCACUACUUGCAAAAGCCAAGAGUAAAGGAAAGAAUGUGAAGCAAACUCAAGUGGUUCAGACCAACGAGGAGGAUAAGAACAAUGCUGAAUUUGUUGAGGGAGAUUCAGAUUACCUACAGCCUUGUCUUGCUCUCCUGAAAAAGGCUUCAGCAAUAGUCACCCCGAACCUCUCUCCUACAGCUGAGGAGGAGGACUAUCAGUUGCCCAAAGCACUUCUGCAGGCACAAAGAAAAAUCACAGUGGAGAGUGAAGAGGAAAAUGAGGAUGAAGACAUCGGACUAGUACUUGAGAAAAGAAAGGCACCAUCCCUCACCGAGUUGGACAGCAGCAGCUCCCUUAGCAGCCUUGAUGAAACUGAGGAGAGUCCUCAGAGGCCUUCCCUCACACGGGGCACUAGUAACCCUAUCAUCCCCUCUCCUCAUCCUCCCCACCAGUCUGUUUCAGCUCUGCAAAAGAUGAGCGCAGCCUUUGUGUCCUUCUUUGUGCCAGGGAAGAGAGUCAUACGGCUGGUGGAAGACCUUUCUCAUGACAGGCGUAUAGCAUUUGGGGCUCUGGUACAGGACUUCUUGAGGGAGCAAAGGGAAGCACUGAAGCCACAGUGCCUAACAACCACUUUGGAGCUGCUGCAAGGUUUGCGUCUCUUUAUUGACCAGGCUAAGGUGUUCCUCUUGGAAUGUGGAGAGCUUGAGCCCCCCAUUGAGACCCUAGUGCCCGAGGAUGAGAAAGAUCAGACACUGGAAAAAGCCCUGUUCCGCUGUGUACUAAAACCUCUAAAAGGGCAGAUUGAUACAGCACUCUAUAAUAUGCAUGAACAUGAUGGCUCCUUUAAGAGGCUGGCUGAAAGUAUGAAGAGAGCCAGAGAUGCUUCACCACGAGACCUUUUUGGCGUUCAGGUUGCUGUGCCUGAUGCUCAUGGCAUUGAGAAGAUAAAGCACAAGAUGUCUCUCAUGAGACGUGCCUAUUCACCAAUUGACAAAGUAGUUUUGCUCCUGCAGAUCUGUAAGCUCAUCUAUAAAGCCAUGAAGACCAAUACUGGGCAGAAAUUUGGAGCUGAUGAAUUCCUUCCAGCUCUUUCCUAUGUGAUUGUUCAGUGCAACAUACCUGAGCUUUCUCUAGAGGUGGAGUACAUGAUGGAGCUGCUAGAAACCUCUUGGCUCACAGGAGAGGGUGGAUACUAUCUGACCAGCGUUUAUGCCAGCCUUACCUAUAUACAGAGUGAGCCAGAAGCUGUGGCUUCCAGUGGACUUACCCACCAAGUCAAGGAAUCCCUGAAGGAGUGGAGCCACCGUCGUAGCACUGAAUCCAAGAGCCAGAAUGACAUAAAACAGAGGUUUGUAAAGGUGCUGUUCCAGGAUGGUGAAUGUAGUUUGGUGAAGACAUUGCAAUGGAAGGCAGGGAUCAGUGGAGAAGCUUUGGGACAGCUCUGCGCCAUAAAAUUUGGAGUGGACCAGCCAGACGAGUAUGGCCUGUACUGGAGAAGAAGUGAAAAGUUAAUACCAGUUCCUCUGGAUGCUCAAAUUCAGGACCUGCAGAACAUGGGUACCAGCAGUGCUCCACUCAUUUACCAGCACUCCAAUCCAGAUAUGAAAUCCAAUAGGUUGACCAGAGGAGGCGCUUUGGACCUUUCAGGGGAAGCCUCGUAAUGUGACCUGGUACUGAGAAGGUUGAAAAACAGUACCUUCGAAAAAGGGGAGAACAGCUGAUGACCCACAACGGGUGGAAACGCAUUGAGAUGUUAAAUAAUUGGUUAAUAACUCUGUACAUUUGCUAAAUCUGAAAAGUUUUAUUAAUUUAUCUUUAGACAAGUGAAUACUAAAACUGAAAAUCUUGUUUACAACUAGUUGUAUUUUAUAUAUAUUUCAUGCCAAAUGGUUUUGUGGUUCAUUCAUAUGGGAUCGGAGAGAUAUUCCUGUAUUCUGCAAAAUGGGAAGUGAUUAUUAAAUUUUCUGUAAUAAUACAAAACAGAUGUAUGAUGACAGUGAUGCUUCUACUUACUCUCUAUAUGGUAUAGUCCAACAUUUCCCAUGCUUUGCCUUGUAGUCCCUUUAUGCUGCACAUUUUAGUGUUUAAACUACUCACAACAUACCGGCUCCAUUCAUCAGAUAAUACAUUUUUAAAAAAACUUCGUGAAUUCAGUGUUAGAACUGUAUUGUAGUAAAAUAUGCAGUGUGGGUGUCCAGGACCAGGAUUGGGAAAAUCCUAGCCUGUUUAUUAAACAAUGGCAUUUAUGAGCAAACAAGAACUUAAAUAUAUGCUAAGGUUUGCUGUUUAUAGUGAGCAGAAAAACAUAAAUUGUGAUACUGUGUAAAUCAAUGCCUUUAAGAUGUCAAUAAACUUAAAAAAUAAAUUUAAAAA